AUGAUCAUUAACAUGAUUGUUGCCGACAAUGUUGCAUUGCAUUUCCCAUGUGCUGGGUUCCGCAGCGGCCAUGCGCCCCCCGUCCUGCUCGCUGGCCGGAACCCGUGUCGGCGACGACCCGCAGCACCUCGGCCGGUUACGCCGAUAGGGGACCAGAUGAUCCUUAAAUGGGUGACACCAACGCUGGCCGCUGCACCCACUGUCGAAGACUAUACCUUCCGCAACCUCACCACCAUGGCAGCUAACGGCAAGGUCGUCUCGGAGAUGAUCUCCUGGAUCAAGAGCCAGAAACUGAUUGCUCCCCGCAUGAAAGAUGCCCCCACCUUCUACCGAAAUCUCGAGGAGGCUCUAGAUGUUCGACGGUCGACCCAAUCUUUGAUGACCCGAGGACAAAGCACAUGGAAAACAGGAGACGCGAUAGACUUCUGCUCCAACGAUCUUCUCUCUCUCGGACUCACAGGGGAACUGCGACGUGAGUUCCUGGCCGAGUUGGCAAGACACCCCGAUUUCUCGCUGCAUUCCGGGGGUUCUCGCGUGAUGGGCGGCAACUACGACUAUAUCGAGGAGGUGGAGCAGGAGAUCGCCGACUUCCUCGGGGCAGAGACGGCCCUCAUGUUUAACUCGGGCUCCAACGGAAAUAUCGCCAUCUACACGGCCAUCCCACGGCCCGGAGAUGCCAUCGUGUACGAUGAGCUGGUUCACUUCAGCACGCACACAGGCAUGGCCGCCUCGCUGGCCACCACCAAGGUCGCCUUCCGCCAUAAUGACCUUGACGCCUUUCGAGAGGCCAUGUCCUCCACCAUGGACUCUCAUCCCAUGCUUCAGGACGGUUCACGCUCGAUCCUCGUGUCUGUAGAGUCGGUGUACAGCAUGGAUGGAGACGUUUGCCCUCUGGUGGAGAUGCUCGAGAUUGCUCGAGAGAUCUGUCCCAAGGGGAACUUUGCCUUCAUUGCGGACGAAGCUCACGCCACUGGAGUCGUGGGUCCUAGAGGUGUCGGUCUCGUCAAGCUGCUGGGUCUGGAAAAUGAGGUUGCAAUUCGACUGAACACCUGCGGCAAGGCCUUGGCCUGUACUGGAUCUGUGGUUCUUGGAAACGCCACGGUCCGAAACAUGAUGUUGAACUAUGCUGGUUCCCUGGUGAAUACCACGGCCCCAUCUUUCCCGUCGGUUGCAGUCAUUCGCGCAGCCUAUAACCUGAUGAGAACCGGUGCCACACAGAAGGCUCAGGACAACAUACAACAUCUCGUCAAAUACUUCUUCAAAUCCAUUACCUCUAGCGACAUCUGGGACAAAGCCGCCGAUAUGGGUAUCUUGUCUAUUCCCGUGGCCGAGGACUAUGAGUCGCUGGACUUUGUGACGCACAUUGUACCAAUCUGGACCCGGCAAAAGUACAACUGGUGGCUCUUUUUCCACCUGCAACUGGCGAAAAUCGCCGUUGUUCCCAUUGACUAUCCCCAGGUUCCCAAAGGCAAGUCUCGCGUCAGGGUCAUGAUCCAUGCUGGGAAUACGGAGCAAGAGGUGGAUUAUCUGGUGGCCACGCUUUGCGACUUUGCGAAUGAGAUGAUCGAUAUCGAGGAGGGUGGCGAAAAGGGCAAAAUACCCAAAGCCGCGCAGGAGAUUUACGCGUUGAUGGCGGCGAAUGCGUGAAGCUGAACGUGUGUCCACAUAUACUGCAGAAGAGGGCUCCCCUUAGACGUGUUGCCGUAGGAAUAGUUUGGAUUAUCAUACUACGAGAUGGCUAUAGUACCCAAGCGAAACCUUUCAACACUUUGUAUCAGACCUACAAGUGGUCGCAAUUUUUUCCAGGAAUGGCUUCUCAAUUAGGAAACAACAGGACCUAUUUAUUAAUACACUGUUGCAGACUUUAUGGGAUGCCGCAUUCUUGCUAUGCAGGGCAGG